AGACAACACUCCAUUCAUGUUCACUUCACGCCCGCAACGCAAUCUCGCUUAUACACUACGAUCCGCCUUCACCUUCUAAUCUCACCCCACUCACCGGCCAGUACGUGUAUAUAAAUCCCUAACACCCUUCUUCACCGAGUCCACUACCUUCAGCAAACCACACCCUAUCCGCAUUUCAACGCAAGAACUCUCACUCAGCAUGGGUCGCCCAGAGAUUAAGAAGGUGGAGCGCCAGUCCGCGUCUACCUCGAAGGGGGACUAUCGAGUCAAUAGGCAAGACAGCAAGCGCUUCACUAGGAGCCUGACGGCGAAGAUGGAUGAAAUUGCUCUGAGGAACGCAACAGAGUCGCCGCUCCUCCGUCUUCCUAGCGAGAUCCGCAAUCGUAUCUACGGCUAUGCCCUCGGUGGGCAGGAAGUUAAUCCACGGACCGUCGGCGGGGUUCGAACGAAAUGGCGUCUUGAAUGCAGGCCUUACGGCAGCGAGGCGAGGUCAUACCAGGCCUGGGACAGGCUACUAUCGUUGACAUAUGUCUGUCGUCUACUCCACCGCGAGACUCGCCUCCUCGCGUUUAGCCUGAACACAUUUCAGAUUCAAACUGUGGAGUUCAAUGACUGGCUGCUCCUUUUGAAUGACGACCAGAAGAACGCUAUCACGACCGUGAUAUUCGGAUUAAGGAAUCCUUUCCUCGACUUACCCUAUCAAGACCAGAUCCCACCAAUGCUCGAGCAAUGCGCCGGUCUAAAGACUGCCAUUCACGUUUUCCUGCGCGACCCGUCCAGAAUUCGCGACAGCACAGCUCAGAAGUUCGCAAAGAUGAAAUGUUUGGACUUUAUCGUGGAGACCAAGGCUAAGGCUGAGUUGGAGGCUGAUGCUGAGGCUUUGGAUAAGAUUAUGACAGCUGCGUACUACGAGGAUUUGGAAGAGUACGAGCAGGAGAUGGCAGAAGCAGAAGAGGAAGAAUCUACCGAAGAAGAAUCUACCGAGGAAGAAGAUGAGAGUGAGGAGGACGAAUCUGCUUAA